AUGCCACCGAAGGGCAAGAGGAGCGCGGCGAACACACACGACAAGCGGCAUGAGAACGGCCUCGCGGCGCCCGGAAAGCGCAUCCCCAAGCAGCGCUCCAAUCCCGCUCUCAACGGCCACGCAAAUGGAAAGCCCCCGCAGAGCUCUCCGCCGCUGCCUCCGCCAGACCUAAGCACCGCCCCCAGCUGCCCGGCUCCUGGCAAUGCCCCAGUGCACGCGGCCCUCCCGGACACACAGAUGCCAGACGACCGGCGCCCGUUGCACGCGAGGGACCGCGCCGUCUCCGAGACAUCCCACGACGCGUCCGACGUUGGGGCUGCUGAGCCCCAGAACGGCUCCGCCGAUGGACACUCGCGCCUGUCGCUGCACCGCGCCGCCGUGCACCAGCACCGGAGCCAGCUGGGCCACAAGGGCAGCUCCGCCUCCACGGCCAUGACCAUCAUCUCCUCGUGCCCAGUGUGGGAUGUCGUCGCCAUCCUCAUCAUCCUUCUGCAGCUGCCGUCGACCGUUCUCACCGUUAUUCAUUUGCUAUUCGCUACACUCACAUUCGUGCCUCCGAGCAGUACCGCCUCGCUUUCCAGCCUCCCUAGCUUCAGCGAGGUUUUCAAGGGAUCGCAAGGCAUGCCAUCUCUGGGCACUAUUGUGCUCUGUGAUCUGUUUGCCUUGAUCAUAUGGGGUUUCCUUCCCAUGUUCGCCCAAGGCGUUGCCUUCGACCUUGCUCAGGCCGUCAUCGCCAUUUCGCUGGGAGGCGCUGCCGCCGGAAAAGGCGGCGUCUCCCAGAGCGUCCUCGUUUGCGGGGGCAUCAUCUUUUUUUCUCACGCAUAUCGUCACCGUACCAUCCGCACGUACGUCCUGCGCUACCUUCAUUUCGUAUUGUCCAGGGGCGGAUUCGAUAUCUUCACCCCUCCCCCCUCCGAUUCGAUUUACCCGGAGUCGGCCCACGUAUCCCACGGUUGGUCGCGCUCCGUCCUUGGAUUGCAUAUUUUGUCGCAGGGAAUACUCCGCCUUGGCCGGCGAUGGUUCAUAGCCAAGCAAGACCGACUCCCGACCACAACGUCGAGUAGAAGGACCGAUGUCGACACAGCGGCAGCUCCCCAGCUGCCUCGUACCAUCCCGGACUCCGGAAUAGACAGCAGCACAGGGGCGGCGGCCGAUGGCCGGCAUCCUGGGCCUUCCCCUUCAAGUGUUGAUGGUCGUGAGAGAUCUUUCAGUUCUGUUUCUAAGAAAAAGAAAAGGCAGGCGACUCAGGUUCGGAGUCAGCAACCUUUUUGGGCCGCUAUUGCGAGCACAAAAGUUACUUUUUGGAAGGAGGUGCAGCAGAACAGCGAGUCUGCUGACAGCCACGAGGCGAAUUCAACGGAUGUUAAUCACAUUGGCAACGCUCAUUUCAAGACUGGGGAGGACAGAGUGUGGAUUCUGGAUGUCGGCGCAGCAGAGAUCUCGUUUGGUGCUAGCGUGGUCGAAAAGAGCACAGUGAAGGGAAAUGGAGGAGAGGAGCAGGAGUCAAGCCUUGGAGCAGGCAUCGACAAGUCGAAGCCUUUCUACGUACGUCUCAAUGGCACCAAUUGGGCGUCCACGUACAUCACUUCGGCCGGUCAGGAUCAAAAGGCGGGUGAUGGGGCACCUAGAAUGUGGUCAGGCAAGAUCUUCGGUCUCACGUCGCAGCAAAACUAUAAGUGUGAGUUCGUCAGGACGGAUGACCGGACUACCAUACAUUCUACCAGCCUUAUCACCCAGGCUGCUCCAAGCGCCGAGCAAGCCUCGGCUGUUUCUCCCCCAGCGCAUCAGACACUACGGCCGCAGUCGCCCAAAACCCUGCUUCGGAAUAAUGUCACCAACCUCGAACACGAGCUUCAAGAAUUGAAGAUUCAGCAAAAGCGUAAUCAGAGAUCCCACGGCAAGGCCCUUGCAGCGGCGAAAAAGGAAGUCGACGUGGUGGAAGGCAAGAUACAAACCUCGGGCGGCAACGACGACCGGUUGAAGCAGAAGAAAAGACAGCUGUCCGAGGCAAUCCGCCAAGCAGAAGAAGCAGCCUCGGACAUGUCUUCUCAUAACUCAAACCUGGCCAAUAUUCCAGAGGAAGACGUUACCGAAUUCAAGACCGAGGAACGUAAAUGGCGCCAGGAGCGAAACCGGUUGACUGCUGCUACUGAGGAGUACGAGCGCUGCAAAGCUGAGGUUGAUAAGGAAGUUUCCAACGCCGAGUCCGAAUACGCUUCGAUCGUGAAGAAACGCGAACGUCUCCAGGCCAGGCAAUCCAAGCUCAAUGAGCAGCACGAGCGUCUCAGUUCGCUUAACGCGCAGGACCAGGACGCCCAGGCCCGGAAACUCAGUGAACGCGCGGCAUUGAUGGCUACACGAGCUCAGCACGAGUCGCAAUACCUCGGCCAAAUCAUCAACAAUGAGCAAAACGCCAUGGACGUCCAAACCAAGAUCCUGUACAUCAACCAGCAGAUUCAGCAGCUACAGGCGAUGUUUCAGCAGCCACAGAAUCCCAGUCCGCCGUCCGUUCCGGCCACCCCUGAAGGCCCUCUCCCUGGUACCACUGGAGGCGGCUCGCAUAACUACACGCCGAUGUUCCAAUUCCCGCCGCUUGCCGGACAGAUCAAUGGCACGCCCAGCUCUGUUCUCCGCGAAGGGCGAGGUCGGUCGAGCUCUAUGCUCUCCGAUAUGUCUGGCUUCACUGAUCACAAUGUCGACCCUCCGCCAGCCUAUGCGCCCAUCGCUGCACCCAACUUCUCUUUUGCCCCUGGAGCCUUUGGAAACGGUCAGUUCGGAGCGUUCAAUGCACCGAUGGUGAACGGCACCAAAGCACGUAAGGGCAGCAGCGGUAGCAGUGGUGGCAGCGGCACGGGGUCGGGAAGUGGCAGUGGGCCGGGCAGUCAGAGAGACCCGACCAGCCCAGUGAACAAGACGUCUAGUCCGGUUGGUUCCGUGACUGUGCCUGUGGGUCCUGGUGUUGUUGGUGGUCCCUAA